AUGCUAAGACGUCUAACUCUUUCCUGGUCAUUUGUUGUCAUAGUUACAGAGCAUGCCAAUCAUGCCAGGGACCACCUGAAGACAGAGGCGGAGUUAAAGAAAUAUGAUGGAGUGGUGUGUGUAGGCGGGGACGGCAUGUUCAGCGAGAUAGUUCAGGGCCUGGUCUCUCGAACACAGGGGGAUAACGGAGUGGACCAGAACAGCCCGGAGGAGAAGCUGGUACCCUGUAGUGUCCGCAUCGGCAUUAUAUCCGCAGGUUCAACGGACUGCAUCUGCUAUGCCACUGCCGGCAUCAAUGACCCUGUGACCUCAGCUUUACAUGUCAUAGUGGGAGACUUCCAGCCAAUGGACUUGUGCUCGGUCCAUCACAACACAUUCUUGAGGUAUUCCAUCUCCCUGCUUGGAUACGGUUUCUCUGGUGACGUGCUGGCAGACAGCGAGAGGAAACGCUGGAUGGGACCAGCCAGAUAUGACUUUUCAGGUUUUAAGACGUUCCUGACACAUCACCACUAUGAAGGGGCUGUGUCUUUUCUACCAGAAACUGACACACUGGGAACACCGCGAGACAAGACCAGGUGUAGAGCUGGGUGCUUCAUAUGCCAGCACAUCGGGCAGCUGUAUUCAGGGGAUUCUCCAGAGGAAUCCAAGACUGCUCCACUUUAUUGAGCAAUUACACACAAGGUCCAACUGAAAUUUGACUUCCGCUUUUAACCCAAGCCCUCCAAAAUACAAACACUGAGUAUACAAAACAUUAAGAACACCUGCUAUUUCCAUGACAUAGACUGACCAGGUGAAAGCUCUGAUCCGUUAUUGAUGUCAUUUCAAUCAGUCUAAAUGAAGGGGAGGAGACAGGUUAAAGAAGGAUUGUUAGGCCUUGAGACAACAGACAUGGAUUGUGUAUGUGUGCCAUUCAGAGGGUGAAUGGGCAAGACCAAAGAUUGAAGUGCCUUUGAACGGGGUAUGGUAGUAGGUGCCAAGCAGGUGCACCGAUUUGUGUCAAGAAAUGCAAUCCAGCUGUGUUUUUCACAUUCAACAGUUACCUGUGUGUAUCAAGGAUGGUCCACCACUCAAAGGACAUCCAGCCAACUUGACACUACUAUGGGAAGCAUUGGAGUCAACAUUGGCCAGCAUCCCUGUGGAACACUUUCAACAGCUUCUGGAGUCCUCCCCCAGCAAAUUGAGGCUGUUCUGAGGGUAAAAGGGGGUUGCAACUCAAUAUUAGAAAGGUGUUCUUAAUUGUUGGUAUACUCAGUGUACAUACACAGGUUUAGGAGAGGUGCAGGAGGCUGCCACACUGGGCGCUGCUGUUGUGGGGGAUUAAGUGCCUUGCUCAAGAGCACAACGGCAGGAUAUGGUAUCUAGGAUUUCACACCAGCAACCCUCUGGUUACUAGCUCACUUCUUUGCGUCUGACCCGGGAUUCGAACUGGUAACCCUCCAGUUGCUGGCUCACCUCUUUUACCGCUAGGCUACUAUUUGAAGCUUACAUAAAAAUGGGGGAAUCAGUAAGACUUUACUAUUGGAAAAGAUGUAUCAGUUUAAAUCACCACAAACAUAAAAGUAUUUUGGGCCACAA